AUGGGUUCAAGCUGAUGAGUACAGCUCCUCCGAAUCGAACCCAUCAGAUUCGUUCAAGGAUCCCUGACGACAACUCCACCAACGUCCGGACUCACAAACCAAGCCAGCCAGCCUCGUGAAGCGGCUUUCUCCAGCCAUUUCUGUCACUCUGGCUGCAUUUCCAGUCACAUAUCCUUUGGUCUGGUCUGUACACUAUGGCCUCUAUGCCUCAACUUUUCAAACCGAAAUACCUGACACUUGACGACAAGGACUCUUACCAUGAGCACGAUGACUUAUCUAGUCCCGAUUCCUGUGAAGCCUGUGGUAGGAAGAAUAACCCAUCACCAAAAUCAUGGCUUGUCCCAAGAUUUUGGGUCUUCAGCACAUUCUCCCUACUCUUUCUCCUAGCAGUAGUCAUUGCCUUCGAGGUCUCCAUCCGUAAUUCUCUGUUGAGGGAAUCACAUUAUGGGGCAUUCUCAACCGAGCUAAGUACUGCGAGGUCUGAAGUGUCCUUCCGUCCAUACACUUUCACUGGCAAUCUCAAUUUCGAUGAAAAUGGCAAGACGUACUUGGAGCGGGAGCCAGGAAGUAAGGUAUACUCCGGGCCACCCACCGAUGAGAUCGAUGAAAACUGGCACGAAUUGUUGCAAAAACGAUACUUUUUCAUGACCGAAGUUGAGGUUCGCGAUAGCUGGGGACCUGCUGGACUGCAAAAGUAUUAUUACGAGCUGGGCCCCAACAAUGAGAGACGAUACAUUGGUGGUCUGGAUGUUUUACAUACUCUUCAUUGUGUGGAAGGUCUGCGGCAGACACUUGAUCCGAAUCGUUACCCUGUCCAGCGAGGCAAGUUGCACUUGUAUCAUUGCAUUGAUCAUAUUCGGCAAUGGAUCAUGUGUUCUGGUGAUUUCACGCCCAUACCAACAAGAUGGCACCCGGAGAAGAAUACUAGUUACGUUGACACUGAUCAGGUGCAUACAUGUCGGAACUUUGAUGCAGUAACGAAUUGGGUUAUGAAGAGGGAGGAAGCAGCAUAUUAAAAGGCUAGCGGAUGUUUGUUCGUAAUUUCCUGUAGUAGGCAAGGUUUUUGUAUCAGUAUCCAAUUAAGUAUGCUCAGGUUACUCAUGGGCAGGACUUCUCACACAACUGAGGUGGAGGGCAAGCCGAGGGUGACUGGCCCCGAAAUAAAGCGGCCAU